GAUCGCCAUUGGCCCCGUCCCCGCACGUGACGCCAACGGGCCACCGGGCGCCAAAUUCAAACCGGGAAACGAACCGACCCGAACUGCCUCCGAGCCCCGAGCAGCAGCGGAGCCCGGCGGCGCCGGGUCCCUGCGGGGAGGCAGCGGGGCGCGCGACCCCCCCUGCCCCCACCGACACCGGGGGUCUGUUUUUGCAGUUUUCAAUGGAGAGCGACUGUACAGAUCAAUGAUGAGGACCAGCCCUCGCAGGCCCCUGAUUCUCAAGAGACGAAAACUGUCCCUCCCAGAUGGCAGUGCAUCCAACUCUCCAGCAAGAGAUGAACCAGAUGGGGAGAGUAAAGGAGUCCCCAAGCAGGAGCAUAGCAGAGGGGACAAACCCAGGGACAGAGUGGAGUGUGGCUCCCAGAAAUUCCCAGCAGGAAUAAAGAUAAUUAAUCACCCUACCAUGCCCAACACCCAGGUGGUGAUCAUCCCUCCCGAUGCUGACAUCCAGAGUAUCAUUGAGGCUCUGACAGCCAAGGGGAGAGAAUGUGGCAGCAAUGGGCCCAACAAGUUCAUUCUUAUCAGCAGUGGGGGCAGCUCUCGCCCUACAGGCUCAGCAGCAACUCAGCAGACGCUCCAAUCAAAGGAUGAGACGAGCACAGCAACAAAGGGGGCCAGAGCAGCAGAUUGUCAGGGCGGAGAGAAGAACCUCGGACAAAACCCUGAUAAAACUGUGGAAAGGGCAGUACUGUGGCCUCCACAAGUCAAUUCCAUGGGAGGACAAGAACAGGAAGGAAACAGCAGUGGAGAGGCAACAAGCAGCGGGUUGGAUAACAGUCUGACUAACAUCCAAUGGCUAGGGAAGAUGAGCUCUGAUGGGCUGGGCUCCUGUACUGUGAAACAAGAGAUGGAGAAGGAGAACCAGACACCUGUGCAGGAGAGGAUCAAGACUGAAGAAGACUCCAUUCCUGCCACUGCUACCUCCUCCUCCUUGUGGCAGGACUCGAUAUCAGAACGGCCCCCCUACUCCUAUAUGGCCAUGAUCCAGUUUGCCAUCAACAGCACGGAGAAGAAGCGCAUGACCCUGAAGGAUAUCUAUACCUGGAUUGAGGACCAUUUUCCUUAUUUCAGAUAUGUGGCCAAGCCAGGCUGGAAGAACUCCAUUCGACACAAUCUAUCCCUUCACGAUAUGUUUGUCCGGGAGACGUCUGCUAAUGGUAAAAUCUCCUUCUGGACCAUCCACCCUGAUGCCAAUCGCUAUCUGACGCUGGACCAAGUGUUCAAGCCGCUGGAUGCGGGGUCACCAACAUCGCCUGAGUACUCUGAAUCACAGCAAAAACGACACAUUCCAGAACUCCAGAAGAACACAGGGGGGAACAGCAGCAACAAAACUGAGCCGCAGAAUGCACGCCGAAAGAUGAAGCCUUUGCUUCCUCGCGUCAGCUCCUACCUGGUUCCAAUCCAGUUUCCUGUGAGCCAACCUCUCAUCCUGCAGUCCUCCCUGAAGGUGCCUCAGCCCAUGGCCCAGGGAGCCUCCCUCAGUGGCUCAGAGGCUCUCCGGAGCAGCAAGCGUGUACGCAUUGCUCCAAAGGUGUUGCCGUCCACUGAAGAGCCAUCCUCAUUCUUGCCCACAGGGCCUGUGAAGGAGAAGAGUCACUGUGAUGAAAGGCUGCCCCCAUUUGCCCCAAGCCAAUCUGUAAAGGAGAACAACUCCCAGCCUGGUGAAGCACUAGCCUCUUUCCCUGCAGCCCUGUGUAUAAAGGAGGAGAAGGAGGACUCCUAUCCUGACAAAUGGCUGCCCUCAUUCCCCCCAGUCUUGUCUAUAAAGGAGGAACCAGUGCAGUCUGAUGAAGAGACAGGCCUGUUGCUCCCAGUACCAUGUGUGAAGCGAGAGAAACACUUUACCGUGCUGAAGUCCCCGCCCCGGGGUGUAUCUGACACAGUGAUUAUAAAGAGGCGGAAGAUGGGCAGGUCCAGAAGGAAACAGCACCUAGUGCUGCCUUGCUCAGAAGAGCCAGUCCUGGUUCUGCCAGAGAGCAGUGGCUCUGACUCCUUCAGGCUAGCGUCAGACCUUCCUUUCCUGCAGGAAACCCAGUCUCUGGAGCUCAGCUGCUCCCAGGAGGAGGGUGGCCCCUUUAAAACACCAGUCAAGGAGAUGUUCUGCAAGCUGCCAGUUUCUUCCACCCCUAGCAAAGUCCCAACUGCUACUCCACCAAUGGGGAGCCCUGACUCCUGGAGACUUGCACCCAUUGCUAAGGAAAGCAGUGAGCUGGACUUCAGCCCUGUGAGAACCCCUCAGGUGCCAUUCACAUCCCUCCAGGAGAACUUGGACUUGCUGGGCUUCAACAGCACUCCCCUUAAAAACUCCUUGUUUGACUCCCCUCAACAGCUUCUCCAAACAGAGUCCAAUGACAUGGUUUCCGGGCCCCUCACAAGCUCUCCUGCUUCCAAUCCUGAAUCCACCAAGCAAUCAUCCCCGGAAUUACCAGCCUCUGGACUACCUGAGAAUCAAUCUCUCAUGGAGGGCCUGGUCCUGGACACCAUGAACAACAGCCUGAGCAAAAUCCUGCUGGAUAUCAGCUUUUCUGGCCUAGAGGAUGACAUCCUGGGGCCAGAGAUGAGCUGGUCUCAGUUUAUUCCUGAACUGAGAUAG